CGCGUCCUCGUCCAGCCGUGUCAUGGCAUUCCUCCCCACUGCCGCCAUGUCAUGAUGUCCACCCUCUCGCGACGACCCUCCGACUACAACAUCCUCCGACCGCAACAUUUGUCCAAGCCGCUGCGACAGACACCCCCUGUGGUCAUACCCUUCUAGAAGACGAAUUCGAAAGAGCCGUCAAACCCGCUCUCCCCCGACGCGGCGUCGCUGCAGAUGGUAGCGCGCCCGCCGUCCGCUCCGAAGGCCGAACGGCGCAAGCCGACCGUGAAGCCGACCGAGGCUGUCCUGCGUAGCCCCGGACCGCUCCACUCACGAGUCACGACCUGUACGCUGACAGACCGACGGCGUGCGGUGCGUCUGAGACACCCGGCACCGUGCAGCGGCUCUGCGCACUGCUGAAGGGGCCCAUGCCUCAGCUCAUACGGAUAGGCGUGCGGAACAAGGGCUGCGCAGGGCUCUCGUACUACCUCGAAUACGUCGACAAGCCGGGCAAGUUCGACGAGGUCGUCGAGCAGGACGGCGUGAAGGUCCUCAUCGACAGCAAGGCACUCUUCUCUAUCAUCGGCAGUGAGAUGGACUGGUCCGAGGACGCGCCCAGCACGAAGCUCGCGUUCAAGAACCCGAACAUCAAGGACCCGUGCGGGUGCGGAGAGGCGUUCAGCGUCGGCUCGUGAGCGGGGCGCGCC